AUGCCUAGAAACCUUCAAAUGGAAUAUGUUGAUUUGUACUUGGUCCACUGGCCUAUGAGCGUAAAGCCCAGCAAACCACACUUCCCAAUGAAAAGGGAAGACAUCGUACAGAUGGACUUGAAAGGUGUAUGGCAGGCAAUGGAGGAAUGUCAUCGCCUUGGCCUUGCUAAAAUGAUUGGUGUUAGCAAUUUCACAACGAAGAAAUUGCAGGAGCUACUUGCAAUUGCAGAAAUCCCCCCAGCAGUGAAUCAGGUUGAGUUGAAUCCAGCUUGGCAGCAGAAAAAACUGAUUGAAUUCUGCAAAGAGAAAGGAAUUCAUGUGACUGCUUAUUCUCCCCUGGGAGGCCAAAGCAGGACAUCCAAAAUCAAUGCCGUGCUACAGUCUGAAAUUCUGAAAGAGAUUGCCGAAGCUAGAGGAAAAUCCAUAGCUCAGAUCUCACUGAGAUGGAUCUUCGAGCAAGGAGCGAGCAUGGUAGCCAAGAGUAUGAAAAAGGAGAGGCUUCAGGAGAACCUCGAAAUCUUUGACUGGGAACUGACCGACGAAGACCGGUUCUAG